AGUAGGCACACGGUUAAUAUUAUGGGAAACACACAUUUUUUGCCAAAGUCUUCAAACAAAUCCCAAAAAGUAAUUGGUAAUUAUUAUUGAGAAUUCGUUUGGUUUCGUGCUGAAUAUUUUGGUUAAAUAGCCCCGCCCACUCAACAUAUACGAUAAACAACUCUUGAGGGCAGUAUAACCAAAUUCUGUUCUCGACUUUUUUGCAGUAACAUGACUGAUCAAUUUUGUCGUCUGCAUCCGAAACGAAGUUGUUGUUGCACUCCCUUUAGUUUAUUAGAAUCUGAUCUGCAUGGAUCUAUCUGAGGACGGCGACAGUAUCGAUAAAGAUGAAUGCCUCAAACACUACCACGACGAGAUGCUUCACCAGGCGGAAUUGCAAUGUGAGAUGACAAUACGUCAAGCAAACACCAGGAAACUAACUGAAGACGUUCAAGAAUUAGCAAAGGAGGUCAAGGCGGAGUUACUGAUAGAGAAAUGGGGUAGUACACUGAAGUCAAUGAAGAGUGAUGGAUCGCAGUAUGAAAAGCCUGAACAGCGGACUAAUGCACUGUGUAUGGAGGUAGCUGCAAACCCAGAUACACUGGAUGAUGUCCUAAUGAAGCUUCAAUACCAGAAGGCUAAACUCCAGUCAGAGGUCACAGAGGUUAUGUCAAAGUUGAAAGGUUAUGAGACCAUGUGAUGAUGAUCAUUAUUUUACCAAGGUCUCCAUAGAGCACAGACUAAGUGUCUUCAAGAUGACUGUCUCAGCCGGAGUGUAUGCUGACCAAUGCUGACCAAGCAAGACAUCAAUCCUAUUUUGGUCUCAAUUCAAGAACUGACUCCGCGGUAGUGCAGUUAAUUACGAUCCUAUUUAAGCUAAGGUAGUAGUCCCAGCCAAU